ACGAGCUUUGCAAAAAGGUGCGGUUUGGCACGUGGCAAUGGGGACGAGUCUCUGAGUAGAAGUGUUCGGACGCUCGGAGUAGGCUAGUUCUGAGUGGUCUGUGCGGACGAUCUGAGUGGUCUGUGCGGCUGAAAAGUUUGCACAUCAAAACGAGAUUUUCAUUUUUCCUUUCACUCGACAUAAUUUUGGCGUCUGACACUGUGAAUGAAGUUAAGAGCAACUCUAUCGCCAAGCUUUUUUCCACGUACGGUAGGAACUCGUGGCGUUUCGCGCUGCGGGUAGAGCCAAAUUAUGUGGUAGAACUAAAACAAACAGACAAAAGAUGCGGCGUCCUAUUUCUGCUUUCUUGCGCCUAGGCGGUGCCGGCAGCACUGUGCUUCUUGUUGCUGCUGAUGAGGCGACAAUGGCGGAUGUAAAUACGGCCGACUUCGUAUCCGGAUUGAAAACUUCCCCACCACGGAUUCGCCUUGUGCGUCUGCAUGUCCAGACUGCUUCUUAUGCGCAGCCCCAUGAGGUGCGGUUUCUAAUGGUUUUCUGGAACUCGUUUUAUGCUUAGACUAUCGUCAGGCUGGUAAGUAAGCAGGAUAAAGCGAUUGAAUUGGGAUGACGUGGCUGCACUUGUUAACCAUUAAGUACUGCGCUGCUGCUCGAAAUGCGCAACAGCCGAACCUUGAUGAUUUUUAUUUAUAGCAAAGUUCGUUGCUUGGCUAUUUUGGAUGGGGACGUGGUUCCACAGCAUACUCUGAGUUUGAGGGCGAGGCGCCAAAGGUGCCCCCCGCCACACCGUUGUCCUUUGUGGACGUCCCCAAGCAAGAGAGCACGGACACCGCGGCGAACAUCGCCGUGGACACCGCGACGAAUACCGCGACGGACACGGUCACGGACACCGCCACGGACACCGCGACGGACACGGUCACCACGACAAAGGGCCCGUGUGCCGGCGGAGCGCCUAGCUGGCUGCGCGUUAUCCUGUGCGAAAAUACUUCGUAAGUACAUAUCCACCAGGAGAUGUUGGCUUUGCAUGCGCUCGAGGUGUUUGUCUGACGUCUCGCCCCUGCUUCGCUGAAGCCAUUUUAAGCCAUUGCUGGAAAAGUGUCACGCCCGAGCCGGGAAGCGCAUGGGGGUUUAAGUCAUUUAAAGCCAAGCUUUGGACCGAAAAUGGCUCGCACUCGAGCAUUCUGAUCUGCGUGAUAGAUUUUCCGUUGUAGUGAUGGACCGACGACGGUUUUGCACAGAAUAGGAGCCGCGUACAAGUCUCCAACAGUGCAGGCGUUUUCGGACAUGCUGGACAAAUUGGUCAUCAAGACGCAAGAGGUACUUCCCUACUUUCCUGCUUUGGCCCUACUUAGCGUAAUCCAUCUUUUUGCUUCGACACUUUCGUGCUUAGUGCUGUGGUCCAUCUUCGUUAGAUAGGUGGCAAGACAAAUGAUUAUAAAUGAUGAUGAUGAUAAAUUGCCGGCAGAUUGGCAGCAUCGAUUCAAAUUAUAUACUUAUUCCAGGAAGCUUGUGCCAUGGAGUGCAUACUCAAGAAACACCAACUGCGUCUGUUGGGAGACGAAGAUGCGAAAAAGUUCUGCGACGCCACCAAGACGUCCUCUCCGGCGGCCUCGUCUUUCAUCGCUACACGGCCCCCACGUAUGAGGGAAGGGCCCAUACUUUUAUUACGUAUCCGUUUCGCACAGCUUGAACUUUGAGAUAGAUACCUCACUCUAAUAAAAGCUUGAUAAGUGAUCAAGCUUUUUGGAACAGAAAUCUCUUUAAAGUUUCGAUAAGCGAGCAACAAGUUUUGGCAAAAGUUUUGAUAAGUGAUCAAAGCUAUCUGCUCUCUACUCUUAUAAUGCUUUUUGGGAAGUUUAUCCCAAAAGCUUGAUAGCUAAUCCCAAAGCUACGUGCGGGAGAUGGGUACUUAACAAAAGUCAUGGGCGUUCCUCCAUACCUGAGCCUGGAGGUGGUUCGGACGAUCCCGUCUCGAUAGAAGGGGACGCAUACGAGCCGGGAAGUCUUUUCUCGUGCUCGUCGUGCAACCUGUGCUCUCCAUCGCACUCUGAAACGGUCGUCAACGAUCUGGUCGCCGCGGACAAAGAGCACUUGCGAGGAAACUUCGCUAGCGGGUACCCGGCUUGGCGGGAGAAGUACACCUCAGUUACUCGGCAGCAGCACCUCUGGUGGAUCCGCACCGGUCAGAUUGGCGCGACGGAGGCGAAAGGUGCGUGGGAGAGGUACACGAAGUGGUGCGACGGCGAGGACCGGUGGAUGAGUAGGGCUACGUCAAUGUUGAGGUGUACGGAUGGGUACUAG